AUGUCCACUACAGGCUCUCCUUGGUUUACUGGAUCAGUCAUGGAAGCAGUUAAUCUGGCAACAACCAAGAAUGUUAUUUUCAUGGUCUACAUUUAUGGUACUUCCGCAAAAACCAUAAAAGAUAAGACUGUCGCACUUCGGAUAUCUCGUGAUUCAGAGGAAGCUAUCAUGUUUGUUGGUGCUGUACGUGAUUAUAUUCCUGGAGUGGUUUCUGAAGAAAAUCUCAUUUCUAGAAUUAAUACAGUCGCUUCUUUAAAUCUAUCCAUUCCGACUUCUACUUCUCUUCCUGUUUCUCCUCCCGUUGCAGAAAAAGAACAUGAAAUUAAUCGUAGAACUCAGGGAAAAGCUAUGCAAGAUGUUUAUCGACAGCAAAAUGAAGCUAAAACUAAAAAAAUUGCUGAUGAAUUUGCAAAACAAAAAAAAGAUGAAGAGGAAGCAAAAAGACGUAUUAGAGAACAGAUUGCAUUGGAUAAAGCUGAACUAAAAAUGAUAAACUAUAAUCAUAGUAAUAUAAGUGUACGUCUUUUAAAUGGUGAUAUUGUUCGAAAAAAAUUUCAAUCAACACAAACUCUCGAAGAUGUUAAAACUUGGAUUGAAGAGGAUCGGACAGAUGGAAAAGCUCCUUAUAAUUUAAUUCAAAAUUUUCCACAUCGUCAAUUCAGUAUUAAUGAUGAAACUAAAUCACUUAAAGAAUUAAAUCUUUGUCCAAGGUUUUCAAUGAUUGGAACUUUGUUGAGUUAUAUCAAUCCAUUUUACUAUUUUUAUAGUGGUAGUAGUCAACAACAACAGAGACAAUUUAGAAAUUCUAAUAAUGAAAGACAUUAA